UUGAUUUCUAUCACGCCUUCCCUCUCCCCUUGACUUUUCUUUAUAUUCACGAGCGUGAAUAAACCCGGGGUCUUCUGCAUGGUACGACCGUGUCGUUCACUACUGGAGCGGCGUUGCCGCCGCCCGAAAGCAUCGUAACACUGGCGACGAGGAUUCCCACCGAUACGAAACAGCUGCCGGGUACCAGCCAAAAGACGAAGACACCCAUCGGCCCAACCGCAGUCAUGGCCCUCAAGCUUCCGGAUUUCAUAGAGGACACAGAUAAGUGGCACGCGUAUCUCGUAAAAGUCGACGCUUACUUUGAAGCAAACGAGGUUACAGACGAUGCCAAGAAGAGGGCCUUGUUGGUGGCAGCGUUAGGAUCAAAGACCGUUGAGAUUCUUUGCGGUAGAGUAGCACCGAGAAAACCGAGCUCGCUGAGCUAUGAAGAAGUCGUUUCAACAUUGAAUGAGCACUAUGAUCCGUCACCUAACGAGAUAUCGGAAAGUUUCAAGUUCUUCCAUCGAAACCAACAAGAAGGAGAGUCUAUGCAGGCGUUUAUCGUCGAGAUUCGUAGGCUAGCCCAUAACUGCAACUUCUCUUCGAUGUUGCAGCGAAUGCUGAGGGAUCGCAUCGUUUGCGGAGUGCGGUCGAAAAACUUGCAGAAACAGCUGCUAGCGAAGAAGGACUUGACACUUUCGGAAGCCGAAGCACUUGCUCUAGCAGCAGAAAGCGCAGAGCUAGGUUCGCAACAAAUGGACAGGCAAGGUGACGCCGUCGGUGGGCUCAACUUUCAGCGGAAAGGGGAACAACCCGCAAUAAUAAGGAAUGAGCCGAGCGUGUUAUCGCACCAAUGUAACUGCUGUGGCAGACAGGGGCAUCAAGCCAUUGCGUGCUCGCUGCGAAGGCGCCGAUGUUACAAAUGCGGGCGACAAGGUCACUUGGCGCGAGUAUGCUCUCGAACAGUUUCCGCCCAUCGAACCUUGGCGAUAACCGAAUGUUCAGCGGGAAGUGAAGAUAGCGGCAGCAAUGCAUUGCAAAUUUGGUCAGUAAAAAGUAAUGAAUGUAUGGUUCCGCCCCUACGGAAGCUUGUCACGUGGAAUGGAAUUUCACUGAAGAUGAUAAUCGACACAGGCUCACCUGUCUGCGUGGUGCCCAAAGCAGUAUACGAAGCCCAUCGUCAUAAGUGGCCACCGCUUUGUGAGGCUGCGUUAACACUUUCAUGUUAUCUUGGAAAGCUGCCAGUGCUUGGCGUUCUGCAAAUGCAAGCUUCCUAUAAGUCAGUGACAGUUGACUGCAAUCUCGUCGUGUUAAACUGCGAAGGUCCUAGCCUUUGCGGCCGUGACUUAUUGCAGAAACUUGAGAUACAAGGGGCGCCGCUUCUUCACAUCGUGUCGCAGUCAGCCGAAGUAAAGCUGGAGAGUCAAGGAGCUGCACCCGUGAUGGACCGUUAUGCUGACCUUUUCACGGACGGCGUGGGACUCAUCAAGGGGCCACCCGCACGGCUGCAUAUAAAGGACGGAGCAACACCAAGGUUCUGCAAGGAGGAAGCGGACCAGGAAGAUGAGGCCCAAAUCGUACUGACCCUGGACCAGUGGGAUCAGUCAGCCGUGCCAUUAAAGGAACUCCAAGCACUCGCCGUCACUGAUGAGGUACUCGCACAGGUACGCAAGUACACACUGGAAGGUUGGCCGCACAGUUUUCACACGGAAACGAAAGAAAUGGCCGAGUUCUAUAAAAAGCGGCAUGAGCUGUCUGUUACUGAAGGAAUGCUCUACUGGGGUUAUCGCUUUGUAGUGCCAAAAGAUGCGCGAGGGAAGCUGCUAAGGCUACUACAUGCAGCUCACCAAGGCGUGUCCACUAUGAAGGCAAAAGCCAGAUCUUUAUUUUGGUGGCCUGGCUUAGAGCAGGACAUCGAGCGCAUUGCUGCGACAUGCCACAACUGCGUGCAAUCAUUACCGAUGCCUCAGGCGAAAGAACCAGUAAAUUGGCCCGAGACGCGCGAAAGGUGGUCGCGCUUGCAUAUUGAUUAUGCUGGACCAAUCAAAGGGACAAUGAUACUGGUAGUCGUCGAUUCACACACAAAAUGGAUUGAGGCGGUUCCCGUGUCACAGGCGAACUCUCACAGCACAAUAAAUGCCCUCAGAACUAUAUUUAGCCGUUUCGGCAUACCGCGCACGGUGGUGACCGACAACGGGACGCCAUUCACAGCAUGGGAGUUCGAGCAGUUUAUGCAGCGCAAUGGAAUCGCACAUAUUCGAACACCUCCUUAUCAUCCCCAGAGUAAUGGCCUAGCCGAGCGAGCCGUGCGCACAGUCAAAGAAGGCUUGAAGAAGAUAGGAGGCGGUUGCCUCAUAACGUCGUUGGCCCGGCUAUUGUGCAAUUAUCGAAACGCACCACACCAAGCGGGCCCCUCUCCUUCAGAGAUGCUAUUAGGUUACCGUGUGCGCACAAGAUUGGACAUGUCUUUUCCUUCCAGAGCUUGCCCUGCCAACGCUUCGAAUGACUCGGGCUGGACUUUUGCACCAGGAGACUCUGUGUACGUGCGAAAUUACGGCGCCGGUGAUAAGUGGUCCCCGGGCACGGUGGAAGCUACUUCCGGCGCUCGCCUCCUGGAUGUUAAGACUGCGGACGGGCUUGUCCGUCGCCACUUGGAUCAAGUUCGUAAACGGAGCCCAGAUGAAACCCCCGCAGCCGUCGAUCUGUCGAGGCCUCCAACACCAGGUUCCCCGGUCAUGCAGGACCCAAGGGCGGCUGACACAUCCGAAAGAAUACCAGAAGCGCAACCCCAGGAGCUACGUCGCUCCACGCGAUCAAAGAAACCGGUCAUGCGUUUUGGCUACUAAGGGUGAAGAAAUGCUGUAACCCCUGAACUUGACGACCAAGCUAUUCUCUCUAGUGCACAUGUGCGCAAUCUGUUCUUGAUUUCUAUCACGCCUUCCCUCUCCCCUUGACUUUUCUUUAUAUUCACGAGCGUGAAUAAACCCGGGGUCUUCUGCAUGGUACGACCGUGUCGUUCACUACUGGAGCGGCGUUGCCGCCGCCCGAAAGCAUC